AUGUGCCUAUCUACUCUCUCCUCUUCUCUCUCCUUUAUCCCUUUGACUAGCUACCUGGUCAGCUUGAACUUGAUCUCCCUGGAUUCACCCUCGCAGCGCGCUCCUCCCGACCUCUUCGACGUGACUAAGUAUCCUGCACCUACCACAUCUGCCUUGGCCUUCGAUCCCGCCGCGGGCGAGGUGAUCUGGCUAGGGGUCCCAGUCGGGGUCCCACCCGAACCGGAGAAGAGAUUGGGCUGGUUGGUUUUCUUAAACUGA